UGCGGCGGGAAGCGGGGGCGAUGCAGGCGGCGGGGCGCCGUGUGGCCUGCGCCGUCUCCGGCGGGGUGGACAGCGCCGUGGCCGCUCUGCUGCUGCGCCGCCGAGGCUACCAGGUGACAGGCGUCUUUAUGAAGAACUGGGACCCUCUGGAUGAACAAGGAGCUUGUUCCAUUGACAGAGAUUGUGAAGAUGCUUACCGGGUUUGCCAGAAGCUUGAUAUUCCUUUUCACCAAGUUUCCUACGUGAAAGAAUACUGGAAUGAAGUGUUCAGUGACCUCUUAAAAGAGUAUGAAUUGGGGAGGACUCCUAAUCCUGAUAUUGUGUGUAACAAGCACAUCAAAUUCAACUGCUUUCUCCAUUAUGCUAUGGAUAACCUUGGAGCAGAUGCAAUUGCUACUGGGCAUUAUGCUAGGACCUCACUAGAGGAUGAGGAAGUGUUUCAACAGAAAUAUAGUAGAAGACCACAAAGACUUUUCAGAAACCGUUUUGAAGUUAGAAAUACUGUGAAACUCCUUCAAGGGGCUGACCUCUUUAAGGACCAGACAUUCUUCCUAAGUCAGAUUUCUCAGGAUGCCUUGAGGAAAACAAUUUUCCCAUUAGGAGAUUUAACAAAAAGUUUUGUGAAGAAGAUAGCAGUGGAACAUGGCCUUCAUCAUGUGCUAAAGAAAAAAGAGAGCAUGGGAGUCUGUUUCAUUGGUGAAAGAAACUUUGAAAACUUCCUUCUUGAGUAUUUAGAACCUCAACCAGGUCACUUUGUUUCCAUUGAAGAUAAGAAGGUGAUGGGAACACAUAAAGGUUGGUUCCUCUACACAAUAGGGCAGAGGGCUAGACUGGCAGGCCUGAAGGAUGCUUGGUUUGUUGUAGACAAAGAUGUCAGCACUGGAGAUGUCUUUGUGGCACCCUCAACAGAUCACCCUGCUCUGUACAGAGACUUACUGCGGACAAACCGGGUGCACUGGAUAGCAGAGGAACCUCCUGCUGAGCUCGUUCGAGAGAAGAUGAUGGAAUGUCAUUUCAGGUUCCGGCACCAGAUGGCACUAGUGCCUUGUGUACUGACUCUAAACCAAGAUGGAAGUGUGUGGGUGACACUAGUGAAGCCAGCAAGAGCCAUCACACCUGGGCAGUUUGCCGUGUUCUACAAGGGCGAUGAGUGCUUGGGCAGUGGGAAGAUCCUGAGGAUGGGCCCAUCGGUGUAUACAAUGCAGCAGGGCAAAAACAAAGAGGAAGGUCCAAAAAAGGAGGAGAUUGACAAAAUAGAACCAGUAACAUAACAUGUGGGUUUGUUUAUUGGAGGACUUUGGAGAACUCACUGCCUGAGAAUAAUAAAAACAACAAGCAUAUUUUAUUUGAUCUGUAUAUUCUAGAGGUCAGUUGACCAUCAGGUCCCAGCUCCUGACUGUUAGCACUGAACAGGUUUAAAAUUAAAGCCAGUUUGGUACAAUUUUACUGGACUGGUUAGUGUUACUUAUGUUAAUACAUAUCAAGGGAUGUCUUUAAGACAUUCAGUAAUAGUAGUUACAUAUACCAGAAUUUUAGUAUUAAAAUCAUGUCUGAAAUCAUGAAUCUAUCUUUUAAGCAUAAGUAAAAUAGUUUUUCUUACUUGAAGAUACCUGUUUCUAGGUAAAGUACAUAUACAGUUUUAGAGUAAAUGUAUGGUUGUGCUUUGAACACUGGAAAGGGAAUGAGUGAUACUUAAGUUCAGCAUUUUGAAUGAACUCAGAGCAACAGAUAUUUAUUUUUUAUUUGAAAUAGUUUUAUAAGAAAUACUUUAGAUUCUUAAAAUAUAUUGUGAUUUUAGAUGUUUAUGUAAUUCAGAAUUACAGAUCUGAGGGCUUAAACAAUAUUGAUAGUUAAAUUUUACACACAACUGACUCAUUUUUUGUUAACUACUGAGAACAGAGGCUGUUUGUUUUGUCUCCUGAAGAAGAGAAUCUAUUGUCAGUCUUCAGCAAAAUGCAAAUUCAUAUGUAUUUACAUAUUAUAUAGCUAACCUAAUGCAGACUUGAUUGGAUCUUGGAUCAUGCCAUGUGUCAAAAUGGAGUGGUAUUAGGAAAAGCUGAAUACCCCCAUCCAAGUUACAGGAAUUGAGUGUGUGUAGAGGUCACUGUAAGCUUAUAAUAAAACUUUGUUACAGCAAGUCAGAAAAAAUGAAAUCCUGUCUUUCAGCACUCUAUUAGAAGGUAAUUUGCACUAAAGUUCAGCUAUGCAGGAGGCAGACUUUACAGAUGGGUGAAUGAUUUUGAGAUUUACAUCCAGUUUGGUUCAUAGGAAAAACUGUGGCAUGAAGAGAUGUUUUUAGCAGAUCUGAAGACUUGGAUUAACUGUAGCCUUCUGUCCUUUUCUGUUGCCUUAGAAGAUACUAAGAGUUUCUUUUAUUCCUUCUUACAAGAAAAGUAAAUGGUGUAGUCUCUUUUCUCCAGAGUGGGAAAGUAGACAGGGGAGAAGACACUCUUCAGUGUCUACUUAAUAGUGUGGCAAAGUUAAACAGAUUUAUGAAGCCCUAUGGGAGAAACCUAGACUGUUAAAAUGUGUGUUUGCAUUACAGUAGAUGUGUUUGAGAGAGGAAGAAAGCCAUCCCUUUUCACCAGUGCCAAAAUCAAUUAAAUGCAAAAGUCUGUCUUCAGGAUGUCUGUCUGUUAACUGCAAAGAUUAUUCGUGCAUCAUGUCAACUCCUGAUUUGUGUUGGUUUAAUUGUGCUAUAGGUCAUAACUUUUUUUUUCCCUCAUGUUUUCCUUUCCUGAAACUUCUGUCUUUUCAAAAUGUGGAUUUAAUUACAAUGGAGUUAAUGCUCCGUGUUUUCUUCAUUUGAGUUUUCCAGUAAAUGUCCCAAUUAAAAUCUUGACAAAUGUUUUGUGUUAUACUA